GAAAAUGCAGCAAAUGGUCUUAUGGGAAGACAGAUCAUUGAGAAGGAUGGAAGAAUAAAGUUUGAAGUUAAUAUCAUAGCAGCAUUUAGAUUCUCAAUGAAAGGCAAAUUCUUGAAACCAGGAGGUAGCACUUAUGAGUUGAAGAUGGAUGAUGCAGCAAUUAUAGGUGGUCUAUUUGGAUAUCCGAUUGAAUUGACAAACAAUAUCGAGCUUCAAGUCCUGUAAGAUCUCUUUUUAUCUUUGUUCUUGGCCUCACAAGAGAGUUUAUGAUUCAUUUAACUGCUUACAAAGAACAAUGUGUUGUUAAUACAAACAUGUUUGUUUACUUUUGGUGUCUGCAAAUACACAGAUGAGAAGAUGAGAAUAAGUCGUGGCUUUGAUAACAUUGUCUUUGUGCACAUCCGAGAAAUGUAGCAAUGAUAGGAAAUUAAAAAUUUGUUAUAGUGCUCCUCCUAUAUGAAUAUGCAUGUAAAGAAAAAAAAAACUGUAAACUGUUUAGGUUAAAUUGUUAAAUUUCUCUGAUCAAUAUAGUUUUGAGAUUUAACUAACAAGAACCAGAAAAAAAAAAACAAGAAACCACAUGACAUGAUGGUAUAAGUUUCAUUACUAAUUGUCUAAAUUAAGACAACUUUAAAAAAAUCCGAAUAUUUUUCCAGCUUUGUUCAAGGAAAGUUAACUUUUCUAACGAGAAGAUAUAUCUGACAAAUAGAAAAAAUCUCAUUAACAAGGAAGACUUGCCCACUAACAGUUUCAACAAGAACAACAAAGGAAAUACGAAAUUGUUAUAUGAUAACAUUAUCUUCCUGCAUAUCGGAGAGAUUAGCCGCGUCCAGGGGACAUUAUUUUUAGGUUACCAAAAAAAUGUUAUAAUGCUCAUGUAAAUAAAUAAACUUUCAAAUGUUUUUUUUCUAACUGUUAAACUUUCAAAUUUUUCACAGCAAUGGAGGUUUUUUUUUUUUUUUUUACGUCGAAAGAUCAUUCUAUUACUCAGGCUAGAGGUGGUCUGGGUAACCAAACCGGAAUAGAACAACCAAUAAAAUGGAGGUUAACAGUUAAAUUUCUCUGUUCAAAUUAGCUUUUUUCCUUAGAUGUAACUAAUAAGAAACUUUAUCCACGCCCGAUAGGUGGUCGAGUGGUAAACUUUAGUGCUAAGUAAUCAAGAUUCGAAGACAUCCCACUAUAUUAUUGUUUGACUAUGUGGAUAUGGCCUCAUUAAUUACGGUUCAUUUGAAUAUCCAGAAAAUAAUCUAUUUGUGGACCGUAUCUCAUUUUGAAAAUUAAUCUUGACCAUUCUAUUGGACGGUAUAUACCAAUUACUCAUUAUUAUAUAAAUUUAGCUAUUAAUUGUCUAAAUUAAGACCCAAAAAAAACUUAGACCCCUGUUUUGUCUUAACUCUCAAGUAAAACUAAUUUUCUACCAAGCAAAAUAAAUCUGACAAAAAGAAUAUCAUUGAAAAGGGAAACACACCAUAAACAGACUCUGGUGUAAUUAAUUACUCUGUCAAAAAAACUAGAAAGAAAAAACCAUAAAUGGAAACUGUAACAUUCCAAACAAAUCACCAACGAUACAACAGAGAACCAUAAUACUGAUUUUUUCCCCUCAAAUCUCUCUUUCAAAUAUAUUUUUCUUGUUGCUUCUGUCUCUUGUAUUUGUUUUGUCUUUGUGUUUCUUUUAGGGAUGAAUAGCCUCAAUGAAGCCAAGACCAUGACGGAAACUUCAGGCUCAAGUAACUCUGUCUUGUGUCUAGCAAACCCCAUGGAGCAGCCUCAUGUGCCCACGACCACAAGAAGUGUCUUGUCCGACACAAAAUACAAAGGUGUGGUUCAACAACCGAACGGUCACUGGGGCGCUCAGAUAUACGCUGAGCAUCGAAGGAUCUGGCUUGGAACGUUCAAGUCCGCCGCUGAAGCCGCUGCAUCUUACGAUAGCGCAUCUAUCAAACUCCGAGGUAUUGAUGCUAACUCGUACCGGAACUUCCCUUGGUGUGAAAUCACGACCCAUGAACCGGCGUUUCAAGCCAACUACACAACAGAAGCUGUGUUGAACAUGAUCAAAGACUGUUCUUACCAACACAAGUUCAUGGAGUAUCUCAGAAGAAGAUCUCAGAUGGUGGACUUCGCCAACAUCAACAUCGUGGCGGCGGCAUCAAAACAGAGCCGAGCAGGGAGAGGAGUGCAAGACCCAUUCUCUUGCACGCCGCUUUUUAGCAAGGAACUUACACCGAGCGAUGUUGGGAAACUCAACAGGCUUGUGAUACCAAAGAAGCAUGCGGUGAAGCAUUUGCCAUUCAUAAGCGACGUUCAGAAAGAGAGGGAAGAAGGCGAAAUAGGAGGAGCUCUGGACGACGUUGAGGUUGUGUUUUAUGACAGGGCGAUGAGACAAUGGAAGUUUAGGUAUUGUUACUGGAGAAGUAGCCAGAGCUUUGUCUUCACCAGAGGAUGGAAUGGUUUCGUCAGGGAGAAGAGACUCAAGGAGAAAGAUGUGAUCGUCUUUUACCAUUGUGAUGUCCCGACCAAUGUUAAGACAUUACAAGGUCAAAGCAACAGCUUCUUGAUGAUUGAUGUUGACUACUUUACGGACAAGGGUUCCGUGGCUCCCAAGGAAGUAGACAAGAUGGUUCACAACACUUCCGAGGAAGAAAUGAAAACAGAAACCAAAGGAGGGUUUAUGCUGUUUGGUGUUAGGAUUCAAUAGCUAUUUUC